AUGAUCACGGAUGAGGAGGGGAAGAGUCUCUACAUGGUUUCUCGUGGAACGAAUCAAUUCCUUCAGAACAGGGAGUUGUUCAGCUUUGGACCAGGAGAAUGGCGUGACGGACCUGAGGGUCAGGAAGUCAUGGAUGAUGCUGAAGGACGAUGGCUGUCCUUCUGUGUCAAAAAGUUUGACCUUAUGAUUCUGGAGCGGAAAUCGAUCCCGCAGCACCUCUCUGGAUUGGAGUGCCUAGAAACACCCGCCUCUUUCGUAUCUGUGCUCAACGAUCUAGAGGAUGCAGGAGAAGUCAAGAUCGAGGUGUCCCACCACACUAUCAGUCAGGACGCGGAAUGGAAGAAUGCCAAACCCUUGGUGUUUGUGGCCGACGAGGUACAAGUACCCCGCAAGCCAGUGGCCAAAGAAGAGAAGGUACCUAAGAAAACUAAGAAACCAAAGAAAACCCCAGGCAUCACGACCAAGAACUUCGGAUCGCACCUGCAGAUUGCCAAAGUCAAAAAUUCGCAGAUCUUGGCCCUAGCCUGGAGGUGCAGGCUGGAUUCCUCCAAUGACCAGGGAGUCAAAGUCAUUACCCCAGUGAGGCCGGUCAUGUGCCUGACCCAGUGUAUGGACUUGGGUGAAACCUCAGUCCGCAUGAUGUAG